AUGGCUGCGUUCGACGACAAGGCGGCUCCGCGUCGUUUGCCAGUCGCGCUCAUGGUCGCGGCUUCCGCCAGUAUCCUCGCAGCCGCGCACCUCUUGCGCUCGCUGCGACGCCACAACGGUAAGCCUCGCCUGUGCCUCGCGCUGACAGCGCUCCUCGUUCCUCCUCGCUCUCCUCGUCCACUGUGCACUCCUUGCCACCCCAUGACCCCGGCCGGCCCUACCUCCUCCACUCGCCCUUCUCCGUCACUCCCUUGCAGCCCGCCAUUCGGGAAACUGCCUCGAGGCCAGCCCCGCGCGGCCAACCGUAGAAGGGUGGCGGGCCGGCCGGCCACGGAGGAGGAGCGCCGGCAGCAGCGAGCAGCGGCGGCAGAGGCGCGGCUAGCAGUGGUGGGUGUGGCAACAGGCGGUGCGAGCAGCUGUGGUGGCACACACAGUGGAGGGCGAGAGAACGGGAUGGGCGCUGUAUCUGCGGCAGCAGGCACAAGGGGAGACAGGCGAGCGGGCAGCGCGGACAUGGAGCAGGGGAAUUCAAUGGGUGUGCCAGCAGGAGCAACAGAGGGGUCAGUGGAAGGCGGGGUGGGCGGGCAGGCUGUGCGGGGCGAGGCGGUGGGGUCGGGUGGUUGGCGGUAUCCGCGGCUGACUCCAUACGGCCAGGCUCUGCUGCUCAAGAAAGAGAUAGAUGAACUGGAGGAGGAUGUGAAAGCAUGGCACGCAGCAAGUACAGGGACGUCUCAGCACACAGCAGCAGCGACAACCUCACAAGAAUCCAGUCUGGUUGAAGGCUUGGGAGAAGCAGAAUUGGAUUGCUCAGAAGUGCAGAGUCAUCACAGCAGAGCAGAGCACGAAGAGGAUGCGGAGACACAGAGAGAGAAGCUGCUGACAAGAAUGAGUGGGGCAGCAAUGGCUUUGGCAAGCAUCGAGCCCGACAUAAGCGUUGCACCUAUUCGACGUGAUCAGAAUGCUCGCCUCUCUCGACUGAAUGAGAUGCUGGGCAGGGCCACGUGA